AUGGUAGCCUACCGGCUCUCACCACUGCACCCAUUGGCGCGCUAUCCUGGUCCUUUGUUAUGCAAAGUCUCCGCACUCUGGCUUGCGUACAAGAGCACCAGUGGGACGCAGCACCGCUACGUGAAGUCUCUCCACGAUCGUUACGGGGACGUGGUCCGGAUCGGUCCGAACAACCUGUCGAUCCGCAGGGGUUCGGCAAUCUCCGCUCUACUCGGCGCGUCUGGCAUGCCCAAGGGACCUCAUCAUAUUGGCAGACACUUUUCCGAAAAGGAUCCUGACCUGCUUUCGAUACCGGAUACCGAACACCACCUACGACGUAGGCGAGCCUGGGCCCGUGGGCUCACGUCAAAGGCGUUGAAGGAGUACGAAGAGCAGAUGGCGCUCAGGGUCAACCAGCUCGUAAGCCGUCUGCAGGAACAGAAGGGGGAGGUCCACAUCGACGAAUGGUUCAACCGCUUCACGUAUGACUUCAUGUCGGAUAUGGCAUUGGGAGGUGGCUCGAACCUUCUCGAUGGAGAAAAGACAGACUUCUGGUCUUCUUUGAAUGAAGAGGCGAAACCGGCGACAUUCUUUGGGCACGUACCAUGGCUCGGCGUGCUUGUGGGGCGUCUUCCCAUUCCGAAUGGGCACAAGAUGUUCAUCGAACAGUGUAGAGUCCAGGCUGUGCGCCGCAUGCAGCGAGGCACUACUACUCCAGAUUUGUUUUACUAUAUCAGCCACGAGGAUGUUCAAGAUUCCAAGUAUGCUCGGCCAACGAUAGACCAAAUCCUCAGCGAUGGCAUUCUUGCCAUGGUCGCGGGCUCGGAUACAAUCGCGACUACGCUGACAGCUGUCGUCGCCUGCCUUCUCACUUACCCGGCUGUGUACAAGCAGCUACAAGAAGAGGUUGACAGAUUCUAUCCCCCUGGAGAGGUUGUGCAUACGAAACAUCAUCAAGAGAUGCACUACCUAACUGCGGUCAUCAACGAGACGCUUCGUCUCUUCUCAGCUGUUCCUUCUACUACCCAACGCAAGGUGCCUUCUCACGGUCAAGGCAUCACGGUAGAGUCGCUGUAUAUCCCUCCCGGGACGUCCUUCUGGGUACCUGCCUACUCGAUUCACCGUGACCCCAGGGACUUCUCUCCGUCGCCCGAAGCAUACCUCCCGGAGCGUUGGCUUCCCGAAUGGAAGGAAGCUAGCGCAGCGCAUGUGCACAACGAGGGCGCGUUCAUUCCGUUCUCUUACGGUCCCAUGAACUGCGUCGGGAAGGGAUUAGCGAUGCAGGAGAUGAGGAUGGUCGUCUGUGCGCUGCUGCAGCGCUUCAAGCUGCGGCCGCGCCAGGGUUGGGACAUAACCGAUUAUGAGGGCGGCCUAAAGGAUUACUUCGUUACGGUUCGCGAGCAUCUACCCGUGAUCUUGAAACCUCGCGGAAAGAACAUCGACUGACAUGGGGGAGGCGAAGGCCGGAGAUGGCACAUCGAGCAAGUGCGGAAUAUUGGAGUAGAGGUUAGCAGUCUAGGGGCAUAAGCCGAUGAUGCCCCGUAGUUAUGCUAGCCCAGUAC